UAACGAGCAGACAUGGAAGCAACAACAAGCAGCAGCGACAGUAAACCAGAGGAACAGCAGCCGACAGACGAGGGGGCGGACGGGGACGGGGACGGGGACAGGUCCAUGUCGAGGUCUGACAGUGGGAGCGGAGACGACUCCCUGGAUGGGAUCACAAACCGUGUCCCGCGGUGCCCUUUGACUCCGUCUCUAUCACCACAAACACGGACCACGAGCCGGUCUAAGACCGAGCCCCCUCUGCUGAGGACCAACAAACGGACCAUCUACACCGCCGGCAGACCACCGUGGUACAACGUCACCGGGACCACCUUCAAAGAGGCGUUUGUCAUCGGUCUGUGUGGAGGAAGUGCUUCUGGUAAAACGACGGUCGCCAACAAGAUCAUUGAAGCGUUGGACGUUCCCUGGGUGGUUCUGCUCUCCAUGGACUCUUUCUACAAGGUGUUGAACAAAGAACAGCAGGAGCUCGCUGCCAAGAACGAGUACAACUUUGACCAUCCCGAUGCCUUCGACUUUGAGCUGCUGGUCACCGUCCUCAGAAAGCUGAAGAAAGGAAAGAGCAUCAAAGUCCCGGUGUACGACUUCACGUCUCACUGCAGACGAAAGGAAUGGAAAACCGUGUACGGGGCAAACGUUGUCAUCUUUGAGGGCAUCCUGGCUUUUGCCAACAAGGAGCUGCUCAAGCUGCUGGACAUGAAGGUGUUUGUGGACACAGACUCUGACAUCCGGCUGAUACGGAGGCUGAAGAGGGACAUUUCACAGCGUGGACGCAACAUCAGCGGCAUCAUCAAACAAUACAACAAGUUCGUAAAGCCGGCGUUCGAGCAGUACAUCGAGCCCACGGUGCAGUCUGCUGACAUCGUGGUGCCCAGAGGAGGAGAAAACUUUGUAGCCCUGGAUUUGAUUGUUCAGCACGUUCACAGUCAGCUCGAAAAGCGUGAGAUCACUGUGAGAUCGGCUCUGGCUUCGGCUCACCAGGGUCAACCUUUACCCAAAACCCUCAGCGUGAUGGAGAGCACGCCGCAGGUCCGAGGCAUGCACACCAUCAUCAGGAACAAGGAGACGAACAGGGAUGAGUUUAUCUUCUACUCCAAGAGAUUAAUGAGGCUUCUGAUCGAACACGCCCUCUCCUUCCUGCCUCUCAAGCCCGUGUCAGUGGAGACACCUCAGGGUGGCGUCUAUGACGGGAAGAGGCUGAGCGGUAAACGAAUCACAGGUGUUUCCAUCCUGAGAGCAGGAGAGACCAUGGAGCAGGCUCUGAUGGCGGUGUGCAAAGACAUCAGGCUGGGAAAGAUCCUCAUUCAGACCAAUCACGACACGGGAGAACCAGAGCUUCAUUACCUCCGUCUGCCCAAAGACAUCAGCGAGGACUACGUCAUCCUGAUGGACAGCACCGUGUCCACCGGCGCUGCUGCUCUCAUGGCCGUCAGAGUGCUGCUGGACCACGAUGUAGCGGAGGAUAAGAUCUUCCUGUUGUCCCUGCUCAUGGCAGAGAUGGUCCACUCGGUGGCCUACGCCUUCCCUAAAGUCCGCAUCAUCACCACCGCCGUGGACAAGGAGGUCAACGACCAGUUUCACAUCAUUCCAGGAAUAGGUAAUUUCGGAGAUCGUUACUUUGGCACCGACGCUCCGUCAGACUGGUGUGAGAGCGACGAGGGGAUGGACUUCUGAAGUGUGAGGACGUGCUGCAGCGUUGUUACAAAAAACACUUAAGAGCUGUAAAAACUCCUCACAGCCUCACUGGACUUCCUCCUGACUGACGAGGUGACGCUGUACACACGAGAGGAGUAGUAAUCAUCCACUUUUAUUCCAAAUUCAAAGAAAUCAUGAACACAGCGCUUAGUGUUUGGAUAAUCAGAAUCAGGCUCACUUCACAUCAGUUUGCAUUCAGCUUCUAAGAGACUUUGUGGAAAGUUAAGAUCUGCUCCUCAGCUGACGUGUUUACCAAAGUUUGCGACACACGACCUCUUUCCUGUUAGCGCUCGGCUCUGUGCGAUGUCGACAAACAAAGUGGAGGAAUAAGAGAACUCGUGUCUGUGUGUGAUUCUGAAUCUUAUGGGAUCGUUCCUCUUCAUGAGCCAUGGAAACACCUUAGAAGAAAUAUCGUCUUUUCAGGGCACGGCGCCGAACCGUAGAUGAGUUUGUGAUCAGUGAGAGCAAAUUUUGGAUUUUAGUUUACACUUCAAAUUAAAGGAGAUGGACGGCUUCCUGUUCUGCAGGAGGCUCGUUGGUUCUUAUCCAUAGAUGGAGAAACUAAAGCUCCUUUCAAUUUCAGAUUUCACUCUGGCAUUAAAACAAAUCUCUGCAGUCUUCAGAUGAAUUCAGAUUUAUUCAACAUGAAAUCAAAUUCCUCAGUGUCAAUAUGAAGGCACAACAUGUGAACAAACAGCACCAGCUUUGCACACAUACACACAAACAAACACAUGUUCUGCCCACUCUUAACGUCUACAGUGGUGCUGGAUCACCUCUCUUUUGCCUUUAGCCUUUUUCCACAGUCUGUGUAAGACGGGGCGGCUAUGCCUCAGCGCUAAGGUGUAAUCGGGGGGCAAAGUCAUUCCACCUCUGAGCCGGUGCUACCCAUCGAGAUGUGUUACCAUGCCACUCUGUGCAGUACAGGGAGAAUUAUUUGUUCGGGGCUCUUCCUGUUUUUCCUCUAAAAUCUUUUUUAUUUUAGAGAAUCAAAACAUGCUUCUCGUUUCUUUACGGUGCAAAUGCAGCGAGUACUGGUGUUUUAAAGUGAUUCUGUACUGGGAGUAUUAUCAUGAUGGGAUCAUUGUCCAUCAAGAUACCUUUCCUCUGAAGCACCAAAACAUCCUCCCCACACUCUGUUAAUGCAUACGGGGACACGGAUAGCGUCUGCUCUCGUUUUGCUCUGUGGUAGCAUUUUCCUUCAACAAGGCAACACAUCUCAGAGCACUGACGGACUAACAGAGGCGUAAAAGAGGUGUAGAGGUUCCAAGCAGCGAGAGUGUCCAGAGCUGUGUACCGGUCGUGCCUCGUGUGCUUCCACAUCACUUUAACACUAUAAUGUACAAUCACACACUGGGAUGCCAGUUUUGUGCUAAUUUGAGGUUCAGUGUAAAAAAAAAGUAUAAAGGUAUCGUCGUUGUGGAGCUUCGUUACGGCGCUAAGGUGAAAUCUCACGGUUCUGUUACUUCCUCUGACGUUGGCUCAUGAGAGGAACGACUUCUCCGCACAUUUCCUCCUCUGUGACAUUCACAGUCCGGCCUUCAGCGGGCUGCAUGGAGGAGGCAGAAGAUACCUCAUAAUGCUGCUGCUGCUGCAUGUUCUCAUUAUGCAUCUGCAUGUUGGAGACACACCAGCUUAUAAACAAACACAGUUUUUAUGAGAGAGGCCACCUUCACUAUCUAAUCAUAUUGUUUGUGAGAAUUGAAGGUCGAAGCUAAAUCUUUAGCUGAGUCAUUCAGGUUCAGAUCUAAACUGAAAGUUAUCUCAAACUUUAAAAAUUGGACAUUUAAAUCUGUUACGUUGUCUUCAAGCCGGCGUCUCUCUCACGACACUUUGUUUUGUUUACAUUAAAGUGCGCAGGUGCUGCAUGUCACAUCACAAACAGGGUAUAAAGGUUUCUAUAUCGCGGGGUUAACCCGAUUUUUAUUUCACUGCAAUCUCAAAAACUUGAUGCUGCGAAUUUGUGCCAAUUUAAUCUAUAAUCUGAAUGCUUGAAUAUAACGUAGAUUGUGAUGUCUGUGAUGUGUUUCUGUCGCUGAAGCUGCAGAGAAAAGCAUUGAAUUCUUGUACUCUCGUUUCGGCCGGAAGAUCUUUACAAAUAUUUCAGUAAAGUCUUGUUGCCUUCAGAGAACAGAAGUUGUAAAUAAUUAAUCUUGAAAAAAAAAAAAAAAAAAAUCCAGAGUUCCUACGACGAUUCUCUGAUGUAUCCCUGUACUUCAUAGUGUUCGAUGUUCACCCGUGCCCACCGAGAGUUUCUAUGACAACAGUCUCUAUGACAACGGCCGCUGUAUGACCGACACUGCUCCGGUACUUUUUACUGCAUGUUUUAUGUUUGAGAUUUUUUUUUAAUUUCCCGAUCAGACACGGAGCAAAGAGGAUGUGAGUACAAGACACGAUCUGUAGGGAAUAUCAUACAUUUGGAAAAAGAGCGCCGGUUACGUCAACAGCGCCUUUCUGACAAGUUGUAAUCAUUUCCGGUGGCCGUUUUCUGCUGUGAACGCUCUCCUCCUUGAAAACAAUUUUAAAACAGACUCUGGUGCUGAGAAAAAAAACAUUAAGGACACGGCCUUAUAACGGCGUAAUCUUUAAAAAUGUAAUCGUUUGUUUUUGCCCAAAGACGUUACAUGAAAGAAAAACAACGCCUUGUAUUUAAAGACAGUUCUGUCUAAGUCUUUGAGGAUGCAGGAGAAGGUUCCUUUAGUUUAAUGUAAUAUAUUAGUGAUGCAGCGUGUCGUUUAAUUUUCUGUUAUAGCGUUAGAAAGGCUUUGCUCUGCUGGUGAAGCUUCAGAGGUCUGUACUGUACAUUAAUGAACAACUCAGGCAAAGUUCACUAAAAAAAACAACAAA